AUGGCACUACUGCCAAACCAGAAGACGUGCGAAAAGCUCUGCCGCUUCUUCUUCGCGACCGUGUUUCCCCUUGUCCCGAUCUUUCACAUCAAAGGCUUCGCCGAUGACUUCGGGUCAUUCUGGGACGGGGUCAAUCCAGACGAUCUACACAACUCUGAGCCUAGCAUCUUCAUAAGAAGGAAACCGGCUUUCCUAUCUCUGUUGUCAGCCAUCCUGUUUGCAGCUCUCUCAGCAGCAUCACCGGCUCGACUCGAGCAGAUGUUUGAAAGUCCAGCCGACAUAAAUGUCGGCGACGUAUACUUCAUAGCAAUGGUCUCUGCAACGUUGACUGGCUUCCCUAGGCGUCCAAGCAUCCUUUCGCUCGCAGCGUACAUCAUCGCUCAGAGUCAAUUCGUCCGCGAGGAAGAGUUUUCCGACGCCCCUGAUUUUAUUGCUACCUCCUUCCGUGUCGCACUUGGAAUGGGUUUGCACAGACAGCUGCCGGAGUCGAGUUUUGGUGCUGCCGAGCUUGAGACUAGGCGUCGUCUGUGGUGGUAUAUCCUUCAUUUGGACGUCAUGUCAUCCUCUUCUUCUGGCCUUUCUCCCCUUUUCAUCAAUCAAAAGAUGGCAAACACGGAAGCGAUAUCUCAGUAUGAUCCAUCAGACAGUGAUGUGGGGACUCGACAAGAAGUCGACAUCCGGUACCUUGUGGCAUCUCACCGUUACGCCAUCAGCAAGGAGAUGAGAGAGAUCCUCGUGCUCCACUUCGAGGAUUCCUUCCAGACCUUAGAGGCAGUCGAAGAAUGCGCCAACCGGCUUCAGAGAAUAGCAACACGGACUAGUGCAGCCGUAGAAACUCUUCUCACGGUGAUGACAAGUACAGACUCGGCCGCCUCCACUGUACCUCAGACGGGCGGACCCAUGCAUCCAAACAUUGGUCAGACAUGGACGCUACGACCGAGCCCGAACGAUAAAGACAUCGUGAACUUCGCUGCUUGGGCCGCCCUCCUCCUCCACCUGAUGGUUCACAAAGCAUACUGCGUCUUGUACCACCCGCUCUUCAGGGAUCCUGCGAUGGUAGCUCACGACAAUGUUCGAACAAAUGCCGUGAAACACGCGCAAGCAUUCAUUCAACUGUUCAUCCGUGUGUGCAACGAUCCGAUCUCCGAGCCUUAUCAUUGGAUGUAUCCAGGUACCUACCAACCGCUCCAAGCGGUCUCACUCCUCCUCGCCGACCUCCUGCAACAUCCUCAUAGUGACGAUGCGACCCUGUCUCGCGGGCUGAUCGACGCCAUCUUCGAGCUGUAUCAGGUCGACGAAGGUGUCGUGAGUCAACACGAUCCGCCCAGACGUCAACUCUCGCCUUCUGGAAGAGAUGCAUGGACGAUGCUCGUCCGGACACGUCAGAGGGCGCUGCAGCAGGUAGGUAUGGACCAUCAUGUGCUUUUCCCCUCAAGCGUCGUUGCUUCGAAGAGAUGUAUUUGCGGCGAGAAGGUCUCUGUGGACGGGCAUGACAUGGGUAGUGGAACAUACCAGCACGGCCCAACCACCAGAGCUGGUCCUAGUGGCCAGGCAUCAGUCGGUGGCGGUGAAACGGAAUCGCAGCCGGAAGAGAUGGACCAGGGAGGCGCUUUGCAAACUCUGGGUGAGAUGUUGUAUGACCAAGGGGAUUUCGAUUGGCCCGCUUGGGAUAAUGCACUGGGUCCUUCGGUGGGCUUAAUGCCAUGA